AUGCGCGUCGAGAAGUGCUACUUCUGCUCGAAGCCCGUCUACCCGGGCCACGGCAUUCAGUUUGUCCGCAAUGACUGCAAGGUAUUCCGCUUCUGCGCCUCCAAGUGCCACAAGAAUUUCAAGCACAAGUGCAACCCGCGGCGAAAGCGCUGGACAAAGGCCUUCCGCAAGGCCAACGGCAAGGAGCUGACGGUGGACGCCACCUUCGAAUUCGAAAAGCACCGCCACGCACCUGCCAAGUACUCUCGCACACUCUUCA